GAUACGAUCAGGUAUGAACCGCUUCCGCAGUUCUAGAUACGCCCAUGCACCAUUCUCGCCGUGCUUCUGGUAUGCUUCUUGAAUCAGUCGCUUGGCCUUGUCUGCUGUCUGCAGGGCGAGGAAGCCGAACAGCCAUCGGAGGUUCUUGGCGUUGGAGCUCUCCUGCUCAAUCAGCAUUGGCUGUCCCUGCUGGUUCACCACGGGCUGAUUAUUGCCAUCCGUCUGUGGCAUUGCUAUCUUCAUCGGCGGGACAUCCUCAUCUUUAGUAGGUAGAUGGACUUUCACAUCCAUCUCUCUUGCUGCUAAGUAGGCCCUGAGAGUAAAGUCCCAUUCGCGCCACUUGAUGUCGUUCUCGCCACUCCUGCCGGUAAAGAUGGGGAAGGUGGCUUUUGUCUCGAGAUUGAGUGUCAU